UGGCACAGUCCGAGGUGCGUCCGGGAGGAGUGAGUAGACAGUCUCUAAAACUUGGCCUGCCACAAACGUCCACAUCUGUGCCUUUUAAAAUGCUAUUGGUUGUCUCCCUAAAUUUUUAUCUCCCGAGUUCCAGUCGCGUACGUCUACCCUGGCCUUUCAAGCCCAACGCGUCUCAAACAAGCUUGCUUCUCCGUGGUUCUCCGUGGUUCUCCGUGAACAAAACAGCUGGAAGGCAGCCCUCCUUCCUCGACACUCCCCCAAGGCCGGGGCUCACGGUCAUGCCUGGCACUUGAACUUCUGGACCCCCCUCCUAAAUGGUUUCUCUGCUUCCAAACCCUCCUCACAAAUUCUUUAUCCACACACCUGCUGCCACGAACUUUUAAAGACAAUUGCCUAAUUUCACUCUCGCUUAAAGCCCGCAAGUGGGUCCCCAUCACAAUACCAAUCAGGAUAGAACUUGAGUGUGGCGUACAAGGCCUCGUGUGAUCGGUCUGCUUUUCUUGAAAGGUUUAUCCACCGCAGAUUGUAUUUUCCAAAAACAGCUGCAGGAGUAGCUCCUCUCCCGCCGUGCUCUUCUAGAAUAUUGCCACUUCCGCAUCAAGAGACAGUCUAAUUCCACUGCCCUUCAGUCUGGGUGGGUUUGGUUGACUCACUUGUAACGCAUGGAAUGUGGCGAAAGUGAUGGUGUCGCUUCUUAGCUAGGUCAUAAAACGGAAUGCAAUAGCCUUGUUACCCUUGGAGACGGAGUCCCCUGGCAGGAAGUCCGAGUACGUCGAGGCUGCCAUGCCGUGAAGAAGCCUAAACAGACCACAUGGAAAGACCAUAAAACUAUGUGAAGGGAGAGAGAGAGAGAUGCGCCAGCUGCUCCAGUCCCCGAUUUUCCACAUCCAGCCAUAGUCUGACUGCAAGAGCAGGAGAGACCACUCGCACACCCCUCAGGCGGGUCUCACCCAGUCAAGCCCUUCCUGAGUUCCUGACCCAAAGAAAUUAUGUGACUCCCUGCCCUGGCCGGGCACUCUGAGCAUGGCCGACACCAUCUUCGGCAGUGGGAAUGACCAGUGGGUUUGCCCCAACGAUCGGCAGCUCGCCCUGCGAGCCAAGCUGCAGACGGGCUGGUCUGUGCACACCUACCAGACAGAGAAGCAGCGGAAGAGCCAGAGCCUCAGCCCCGCCGAGGUGGAGGCCAUCCUGCAGGUCAUCCAGAGGGCAGAGCGGCUGGACGUCAUGGAGCAGCAGAGAAUCGGACGGCUGGUGGAGCGGCUGGAGACCAUGAGACGGAACGUGAUGGGGAAUGGCCUUUCCCAAUGUCUGCUCUGUGGGGAGGUGCUGGGCUUCCUGGGCAGCUCAUCAGUGUUCUGCAAAGACUGCAGGAAGAAAGUCUGCACCAAAUGUGGGAUCGAGGCCUCCCCCGGCCAGAAGCGGCCUCUGUGGCUGUGUAAGAUCUGCAGUGAGCAGAGAGAGGUCUGGAAGAGGUCGGGGGCCUGGUUCUACAAAGGGCUCCCCAAGUACAUCCUGCCACUGAAGACCCCUGGCCGGGCCGAUGACCCCCACUUCCGACCUUUGCCCGUGGAGCCCACAGAGCACAAGCCCAGAAGCACUGAGACUAGUCGUGUCUACACGUGGGCCCGAGGGAGAGUGGUCUCCAGUGACAGUGACAGUGACUCCGAUCUCAGCUCCUCUAGCCUGGAGGACAGACUGCUUCUGACGGGCAUCAGGGAGCCCAAAGGUGCCAAGCCCUGCGGGGAAGCAGGUGGGAGCGUGGAGUCCCCCAAGAUGGGCCCCACCCACCGGCCCAGCCACCUCUCGGGGAGCCAGAGCAGCCUGGCCAGUGAGACCGGGACGGGCUCUGCAGACCCGCAGCUGGGCACCCCACCCUGGCCAGACCCAAAGAGCCCUGGCAAAAGGCACACCUGGGCAGUUCCCCGCUGCUGACACCGCCUCCGAAGGCCCGUCUGCCCACCCUGGCAGAGACACAUUUGGUGCAUGGAGCAGACUUUCCAGUGGAAAAGCUCGAGAGAGAAAGCAAGCUGGGAGGGUCUGGUGAGCAGCCUGGAGCCCUCAGCUGGCCAGCCCUGUUGACCUCUGACUCAACAAACCAGUGUUUGGGGGGCUGAGUCUCCUUCCCCCCACUCAGUGCCUUUCUGCCCCCUUCUCUCCUGGGAGCCCUCCCCCCCACUCCUACCGCAGCCAUCCCACUCAGCCGUGACCUUUAUUUAUUGUCCUUCCCCUGAACCCUCCCCCAGUCUACCUCCAAGUUCACUUUAAGUUUGCUCUCCUUGGGUUGGGCUGGAAAGGCCUGCGGACCCACCCUGUGGGGCCCUCCCAUAUGCACUGCAGUGUCAGAGGGCACUGGGCUGGGCUUUCUCCAUAUUUGUAUUAACGGAAUAAGAACCCAACCCUGAACAUUGCCCUUCGAAGCUGAGCUUGGCCCCUAGAGGUGAGCGGUGGGUCCUAGAGCGCAUGGGAUGAGAGGCUCGCCCACCCUUCCCUUUGCCGAGGGCUCUGGAGCUGGGAGCAGCAUCCUGCCUUUGCUCGAGACCAGCUCAGGAGCUGCUGUUGAAACCUGGCCCUUGCUUGGGUUUCUUGGCACCGCCCUGAUGGCCUCCCCAGGUUCUGCUCAGCCUCUCCCCAGCCUGUGGAUCCGGGAAAGGCUCUGGUGGGUACUGUGAACUCACUCACUGAAGAGCAGCCUUCCGCUGCGUCCCCAGCUGGGGUGCAAGGCUCCCCUAAGCCUGUAAUUCACUUCUCUUCAGUAGGUUCAGUUUGGCAUGAAAAUUAAUUAAUUCAGAGUAUGAGCAAAUGCUUCUGGAAAACCCUUCCCUGAAGACAGAGAUUGAGCGAGAGAGAGAGAGUGUGUGUGUGUGUCUGUGUGUGUGUGUGUGUGUUGGUAUUGGUGUCUGCAUCGGUCCGUCCUGCCACUCUCCCACUGCCCCUCACACCUGGUCCUUGAAGGGCCUGCUCUCUGGGCUCUCAGGCCCCCACCAUUAGCUUUUUUGCCCUUGCCAGUGGCAGAUGAUGAAAAGACUGACUGUUUCCCUGUGACAAGUUAUGCUUCAGAAUUGUAACAAUAAAGAUUAGAAUUUGCAUUGA